AUGUCGUCUCGGUAUUCAGAGCGAAAUGGGCCAUCGGAGAGCGAAAAGAUGACACUGCCAAAGGUGCGAAAAAGGAAGGCGCAGCUGGUCGAUGAAAUCGAGGCGCUGAAAAAUGAGGUACGAGAGGUGGACGAGGAACUUGACCAGGUCUACUACACCCAUCCAAAAUCGAAGGAUUAUCAAAAAAUUGUGGUGAACGGACGAAAAAAGUUCAAUCAGGAUCCAUGGAAGGCGUUAGAUUGGCUAGCGUCACGGAAUGUCGUCGCAAAGGAUCCACAAGCGUUGGCGUUGUGGAUGAAGGCUGGCGAAGGGCUAUCCAAAUCGGCAAUUGCCCUCCGCCAGUACCUAUUCUCGUUCCGACUGCCCGGCGAAUCCCAAAAGAUUAAUCGAAUUUUGGAGAAAUUCGCCGAAAUCUACGCACUUCAAAAUCCGUCGUACGGGAAUGCGGAUCAGGCGCAUACGGUAGCCUACUCGUGUAUUAUGGUGAAUACGUUGUUGCACAAUCCCAAUGUGAAGGAUAAGCCGACACUGGAGAAGUAUAUCGAGAUGAAUGAGCAACUCCUCGAAUCGGGCGCUAUCACCAUCGAACAACUGACAGAAGUGUACGAAUCGGUGAGCAUCACCCAAUUCAAGAUCCCCGAUGAAGUGUCGCCAACGGGAAAAGGAUCAGUGAACGACAUUCUUCUGCACGCCGAACGAGAGGGUUGGCUAUUCAAACAGAGCUCGAAUCCACUGUUUUCCGGGGCUCUUUCGUGGAAAAAACGGUGGUUUGUGUUGUCGGAGAACUGUCUGUAUUACUUUGAUCAAAUGACUGAUAAGGAGCCCAAGGGAAUCAUCACACUCGCCAAUGUUGGAAUACGCAAAGUCGAAGCGCCAACUAGACCCUUUAUGUUUGAGAUCUACUCUUUGUCUGACGGCCAAAUCAAGGCGUGUAAAACCGAGCAAGACGGUCGUCUCGUCGAGGGAAGACACUCAAUCUACCGUAUCUGCGCGGUGAACGAUGAGGAUAUGCGGUCAUGGAUCAAUGCGAUAUCCCGGAUGAUGGCACCGCAGCAACAGACGAUGGCACGUCCCAAGAGUACGCAUUAG